UCCUAUGGCACGGAUGACGAGGGCCAGCCGUAAAGACAGAGAUUGCGAUCGGAAAGAGAAACACUCCACCCUGCUUAGUACGGUUUGGACCUGUGCUUGAAGUGAGGUAGGACUUACAGAAGGUGCAGAUCCGUACCUGAGGGCGAAACACCUGGGCAGCCAACCCAACACUCACCUGGAUAUAUAGUGCAUAGAAUGUAGCUGUGGUCUUCUGCAUACUCUACAAGUCAUACCACCAUGGGAGAAGUCCAAAAGGGCUUGUUUUCCGUCAUUGAGAAGCUAAAAGGCACAACAGAACAGGAGCUGCGGAUAGUUCUUCUUGGUCUAGAUAAUGCAGGGAAGACCACCUUAUUGAAACAACUCGCCUCUGAAGAUGUCAACACCAUCACCCCAACUCAGGGAUUCAAUAUUAAGAGUGUAACGUGCCAUGGUAUGAAACUGAACGUGUGGGACAUCGGUGGACAGAGGAAGAUUCGCCCCUUCUGGAAAAAAUAUCUGGAAAACACUGAUUUGUUGAUCUACGUCAUUGACAGUGCCGACAAGAAGAGGUUCGAAGAAACAGGCUUGGAGCUUUCCGAGCUGAUUGAUGAGGAGAAUCUGAAGGGCGUUCCGGUGCUCAUCUUUGCCAAUAAGCAAGAUCUGGCAACGGCGUCCCCAGCAAGUGAGAUCGCAGAGGGGCUUAACCUGCACACAUACAGAGACCGAGAGUGGCAGAUCCAGGCCUGCUCAGCUGUGUCUGGAGAGGGAGUACAGGAUGGAAUGAACUGGAUCAGCAACAACAUUGUAAAUAAGAAGAAAUGAAGCUGCUUGUGAAUUUCCGUCAUUUUCUACACAAUGAAAAGGCUCUGUCGGAUCUUUCAGUAUAAAAAUAGCCCUGAUAAAAAUCACGUACGACAGAUUUCAGCAGCCAAUCGCUUUUUGUAACAUUUUGUAACAGUUCUGUGAAAUGAAAGGGCAUGUCUAAACAAUCAGCAUCAAGCAGCCUUCUGCUGUUCAACAUUCAUUCUCCAACCAACUCAUCAGAGCCUAUUAUCAGAAAAAAAAAAGAGAAAGAAAGGGGUGCUUCUCUCAUUCUGACCAAAUAAGCUUGCUUAUGAUUUGUCUCUGGCAGUAUCUCGUGACCUUACAGAUGGUUUUGAAAUGUUUCAUUUGACAGCAAAUGAUGCUAAAACUGCCUAAAACGAGUCAUGUCUUCCCAGGAGCAUUUAUAGAGGUUUUAGCUUGAAAGUUUUUUUUUUUUUUUUUUUUUUUUUAGCUUUUUUAGCCAGUUUGAAGCCAUGAAGUGGUGGAACCAUCUUAAAAAAGCUCUAUUUCUGGAGUUUUACGCUCAGGAGACUGGGUUCUGAUUUACCAGCGUUUCUGUGUUCGGCUGGCUUAUUUAGUAUAAAUGAUAGACUGAUGUGUGCAUCGUUUGUGUCACUGUGUGAAUCAAUAUUGUGACAUUAACAUUUUCUUUAGUUCUUUACAUUUAAA